UUAAGUAAACUGAGUAGUUCUUCCGCCGCUGCCUGAGCCUCAUCACCAGUUUCAUCCGUUAACCCGAGGGGCCGCAGACCCUGAGGGUCUCCCGUCCUCCUCAGCGGACAGCGCCGUCAUUCAUUCCCGGCUCUCGGAAACAGCGUCAGAGUGAGAGCUCUGUCCGGUCUCCUCCUCUGUGCUGCUCUGCUCUCCGUUAGCGGCUCCGUCUCCUCCGCUAGCUUGGCCUGCUAGCUAGCAGCCCAGGUAAACAUGGCCAUGUCGCAGGCUCUGUCAGAGGAGGAGUUCCAUCGGAUGCAGGCUCAGCUGUUGGAGCUCCGGACUCAGAACUAUCAGCUGUCUGAUGAUCUUAGGAAGAACACGGCAGAACUGAAUGCCGUCCGUCAGAAGAAUGUGGUUUUGGAAAGAGAUUUUCUCAAAGCGCAGAAGGCUCUGAAUAAAAGUAAGAAAGCUCAGGAGGUGGACGCGUUGCUGAACGAGAAUGAGAUGCUUCAGGGCAAACUCCACAGUCAGGAGGAAGAUUUCAGACUGCAGAACAGCACACUGAUGACUGAGCUCUCCAAGUUGUGCACUCAGAUCGAACAGCUGGAGCAGGAGAACCAGGGCCUGAAGGAGGGAGGAGGAGCCUCUGCAUCCAGUCCUCCGCCCAACACCGCCUCCAGUCCCGUUGAUGGAGAACUGCUCCGCCUCCAGGCUGAAAACUCCACCCUGCAGAAGAAAAUGAAAGCCCUCCAGGAGCGCUAUGACAAAGAGCUCCAGAGACAGAUGGUCGCCCACGGCAGCCAAAGUGUUACCACGGAGACUGACGGGUCAGCCAGCGCCAACGGAGUCUCUGAUGUCACAGGGAGAGGGGAGGAGCCAGCAGCAGAGGGACCCAGUGAGAGAAUGGAACAGACAGAGGCUCAGCUGGGACAGACAGAGAAACAGCUGCAUGGCCUGUCAGAGAAGAGCGUAGAGAAGAUUGUAGCUAAGCAGGCAGCGCUAGGCUGGUCGGCUGCUCUCUGUCCAAUAACUCACUGCUUUGGACCAGAGCUGGAGAUGGCACUGAACACCGAGCAGGAGGAGAAGAGGCUGCUGAGGGAGCAGAUCCACAACCUGGAGGCGUCCAAACAGGCUGAAAUCACCAAACUGCAGGAAGAGAUUACAAAGCUGUCUGACAAACUGAAGAAGAAGCAGGACAGUUUUCAGCGUCUGCAGGGAGAGAAGGAGGCUCUGUACAAUGACAGCAGGACAAAGAUCGACGAGAUCAACCAGAGAAAAGAAGAGGAGCAGAAGGCCAUGAACACCCGCAUCCACAAGCUGCAGUCAGACGUCCUGGCAGCCAAUCAGGUGACAGCAGAGCUGAGAGAGCAGCUGCAGAGCAAAGACAAGGAGCAUGAACUGGCUCUGCACACUUUGAAAGACCAGGUAGCCAGUCAGAGUGCAGUCAGUCAGGAGCAGGUGGACAACAUCCUGCAGGAGAACGAUGCUCUGAGGACAAACCUAGCAGCUCUAGAACAGAUCCAGACGGUGAAAACGCAGGAGAUGAAUCUGCUGCGUGAACAGCAGGAGGCGCUGACAGCCGAGCUGCAGCAGAGACGAGCUGAGCAGGAGAGUCUGUUAGCUCAGAGAGACGACCUCGACUCCCAGCUGCAGGAAUCAAGUUUUGCCAACAGGAAGCUGCUGGAGCAGUUAACAGAAGAAGGACAAGAGAAAGAGAGACUGCUGAGGGAGCUGGACGAGGCUAAGAGGACAGCAGAGAAGAGGAAGGCCAUGUUGGAUGACAUGGCCAUGCAGCUGAACCAGGAGAAGUCUGACCACAAGGAGGCGCUGUCAGACCUCAAACUGCAGCACGAGAAGGAGGUUCUCGGGGUGAGGGCUCGGUAUGAGAAGGAGCUCAGAGGACUCCAUGAAGACAAGAAUCGCUCUGAGGAGGAGAUCCGACAGCAGCUGAGAGACGAGAAGGCUCGCACUAAAGAGUUGGAGGGUCUCCAGCCGAAGGUGGAGGAGUUACAGGCUCAGGUUCAGUCCAUGGAAGGAACCAAAGGCUGGUUCGAGAGGCGACUCAAGGAGGCCGAGGAGAACAUAGAGAAGAACUCUCUGGAACAUCAGGAGGAGAUCAAACGGCUGCAGAAGGAACACACACUUCAGCUGGAGGAGAAGCAGUCAGAGAUGGAGGGGUUGAAGCAGCAGCUGGCAGAGGUGGAGAAGCAGCGGGACGAACACGGUGACACCAUCGGUAAACUCAAACAGGACAUAAAGGACACCGUGGACGGUCAGAGGAUUCUGGAGAAGAAGGGAAGCGCAGCGCUGAAGGAUUUGAAGCGGCAGCUGCAGCUGGAGAGGAAGCGAGCGGACAAACUGCAGGAGAGACUCCAGGAGAUACUGACCAACAGCAAGACCAGGACAGGUCUGGAGGAGCUGGUUCUGUCAGAGAUCAACAGUCCCAGUCGGACUCAGCAGACCGGAGACUCGUCCUCCGUCUCCUCCUUCUCCUACAGAGACAUGAUGAAGGAGGCUCAGCCGACCAAUCAGAACAAGUCUGGAGGAGGAAGUCCUCAGUCUCAGCGCCCGGCUGAAUUAUCGGAUGACGAGGUCGGAGAGCUGUUCCAGCGUCUCGCUGAGGUUCAGCAGGAGAAGUGGAUGCUGGAGGAGAAGGUGAAACAUCUGGAGGUGAGCUGUUCAUCGAUGGCUGAGGACAUCUGCAGGAAGAGCGCCAUCAUAGAGACGUAUGUGAUGGACAGCCGCAUAGACGUGUCGGGCAGUGCGGUCGGAGGUCACGGAGGCUCUCAGGGGGACAGAGGUGGUCUGGGUUCUGUCCUUAGAGACCUGGUCAAACCAGGAGACGAGAAUCUCCGAGAGAUGAACAAGAAGCUGCAGAACAUGUUGGAGGAGCAGCUGACCAAGAACAUGCACCUGCAGAAGGACCUGGAGGUGCUGUCCCAGGAAUUAGUCCGUCUCAGUAAAGAGAACAGUGGUGGCAGUGCAUCAGGGUCGGGAUGAGACCAUCGCCUGAAUCCAUCCGUCCAUUCCCUUCCCUCUCACCACUAUUGUUCUUCUCAGCUGAAUGGUGUGGGCUGGGCUCAGACUAACACCUGGAACCAGCAUUUCUUUCUUUCCCAUUUGUGACCUAAGACCUGCUGUGGGCUUCGACUACUGUCUGGAGCUGUUACAAUUUCAUCACUUCAUCAGCAGUCUGCCUGCUGGGCUAUGACUAAAUGCUGGAAUUUGUGCAACAGUAAGUUUAAAGGUGAAGUAAAAGAAUCUUAAGACCAGAGGGAAUAGAAACACGGAAAGCUGGGCUCAGCUUAUUUAUGAAUGUUAAUGAAUGUACUGUAAUUAGACUGCACCACUUUCCCUUUUCGAGUCCUGGCUAUAACCUGGAAAACACACUCAUUGUUUUUGAUGGUUUUUGUCUUGAGAUUCUAAUGUCUGUUGGGUCCUGGCUAUGUUCUGGAACACACAAGCCGGGUGUCUUAACUGUCUGAACUAAUUAUUGGUUUCUAUGUGCAGUAACUCUGUUGUGAUCUGGCUAUUUCCUGGGCUUCCUGUCUGCAACAAAAAAAUGUCCUGGAUUGUCUGAGAUUCUAAUUGUAUCUUUAGUUGCGUCUGAAGGUUCGUCCUUCACCUCGGAAUCAGACGUUCGACAGAAACUUUUCUUUUGGUCGGAGCUUUCAGCCACAUCUCAUGACCUUCAGCAGCAGAGGUCAUCAUGUGACCGACAUCACCUGUGCAGAUCAGGAGGCGACUGAACCAGUGACACUUCAUUACAAAUGAGCAAAGAGCAGCUGCUGAUGAAGGCCAUGAGAUGUGGCUGAAAGGUCCAGAUAAUUAACAAAAAAUAAUAAGAAGUAAUCUUUUUCAUGUCAGACUAAACAGCUAAACAACACACACACGUUUUCUGUGUGUGGUGUGUGUGUGUGUGAUAACACGCAGAGAAUCAACACUGACGAGGAUCAGCUGAUGUGACCUGCUGUGCUGCCUGACACAGUGAGACCGAGGAACCUGAUUGGUCAGUGUCUCAUCAGCAGGCCUGAUCAGUCGAUCAUCGGUGCGGCCGCGUGGGUGAUCAGGUGAUCAGGUGUGUUGGUGAUCAGCUGAGCGCACACAUCAGUUCAACACGAACUGCACAGUGAUGCGUCUGUGAUCCUCAUCAUCACAGACACAUCACAGACAGUGAUGCGUGUGUGAUGAUGAGGAUCACGUGACGAAGCCGUCACCAGAGUAACGAAGUCUUUGUUUUCUUUUGGUUUUUGCUUUUAAGUGUGUCAGUCGGCCGUGGCUAUGUCAUGGAGCACUAAUGUUUCUCUGUUUACUCUGAUGACGUUUUUCGGGCUGUGGCUAUUUCCUGGACUACAUGCCUGUCACAUCUGUCUGACUUACAUGUGGAACCUUUGUGUCUUUGGUUGUCUCUUUGGAAUUGGAGCUUUGACAUCGCAGACACUUUAUGAAACUAUUUUGCAUCCCUCUUUUUAUUUAUUGCCUGUCUCGGAUGAAAAUGACUCAUGGAAACGUCUCCUGUCUCGUGCGAGGUGUUGAACUGGGCCCGGGCUCGUUGUUCAGAGGUUUUAUUCAAAAGACAAUUUCAUGAAUUUCUGGGUUUAUUUUGAAGAUUUAAAAAAAUCAUGUAAGUAUCAUUUUAAAUUAAAAUAUUAUUAAAUAUCAAUAUUAGAAAAAAAAGCUGGAUGUGAGAUCACGGAGUCGGGAUCAUUCGGUUUGAGACGAUUCGCUGCUUUAUGUCUUUAGUCUUUUCUUCGUGACUCUUGUCCAGCACCUGUUUGGCAUCCCCCCCCCCCCCCCCCCUCCCCCUCCCCAGCACGUGACUCAGUUCAAGCUGCGAUGCAAAAUGGCUCAGCGAAGCUCAACGGUUGUCUGUAUCUUUGCUUUAGUUUGGCUUUUGUUCAUUCAGCUUUUUAUCUCCAGGGCUGUGCCUAUGUCUUGGAUGACAUGAACUGUCCUUUCUCUUGCACUGUUUGGGGACACCAAAUGGAGCAGAAAAACAGGUGAAGCUGUCGGCUGUAUUUGCUUUUCUGCAACUGAAUUCUUUUAUAUUUUUUCUGUCGGGCCGAGUCUACUUCCUGCUUCAAAGAACAUAUUGUAUUGUUUUGAUUCUUUGACUCUGUAAAAAUUGAACUUUAACUUUGAAAGUGGAUGACAAACACUUCCUGUCUGCUCUGCUCGUCUUUCUUCUCUUGGACUCUGGAUUUUUUUUUCCCUUCAUGGGCCCUGAUUAUGUCCUGGAUUACACUCGGCUACACUCUGCUAUGCCCAGGCUCUGGCUACAUUCUGGACUUUGUUCUUGGGGCGGACGUUGUGUUAUGCUGUGACAUUAUUCUCAUGCUUCUCUGCUUUGCUGAGUCGACGGUGUGAAGAUGAAACCAGUCCAGGAACUGGUCGAGCUGCACUGAAAACUAACUGAGGCGUUCUCUCUCACUGGUUCUGAGUCUGUGCUGCUCUGACUGAGCGGGACCGGUCUAUGUGCUGGGCAGUGACUCGGCCUGUUGCUUUGUUUUUGUUUGUAAGUGUUGAAAUCUGUACAUACGCUGUGAUAUGACUAAUAACUGUAAGAAUCAACUGAUCUAUUUAUGAGACUGAUGAUCAUCAUGACGCUAAUUAUUCUAACUACCAGAAAAUAUAAACUCUGGUGUGGAGACGCUGACGUGUUCCUGGUUGUUUAAAUGAUCAUUCAGAGGUUUGACCUGCAGCGAGUGAUUUUCCAGCUUUAAUGACGAAAAACGAAGAAAGAUUUUCCAUGAAUUUAAUCUGUUUAAUGAUCAGAAUUUAUUUUAAAGCAUCUCAUUUAAAAAAGUUUAACUCAAAGUGAAAUAAUAAUUAUAACAAAUUAAUAAAUUUGCCAGUAAUUUUUUUUUCUUUU